GAAGAAAACCUCCCGCCCCAUAGAGGGGUUAAAGUUCUUCACAGCGUCACGUGGUCAGUUGGCGCAUGCUCAGGAGCUUCUUUCCUCUGGUUAGUUUCACUUCACAGCACGCGCUCGGUCUCAUCUCUUAACAUGAAGCUGACCGCAUUCUUCUUCUGUGGUUGUUUAUUCAGCAGCGUCGGUCCGCCUGCAGCAGCGGCUCCUCACCAGGUGUCUCCAGCUGAACCUCAGGCCGACUCACCUAUCCAGGUGUCCGUGGCCGCCGGCGCCGACGUGCUCCUCCCGUGCAGCCGGCCCGGAUCCGCCGGGUUCUUGGCGGUGGAGUGGACCCGGGUCGACGGCCCGUCGCUGGUCCCGUCGCUGGUCACGGUCCUCGUCUUCCGCGAUGGGGAGGAGCUUGUGAAGGAGAAGGCGGCGGACUACGUGGGAAGGACGCAUCUGAUGGAGAACGGCUCCCUGAAGCUGCUGGGGGUCCGACCGCGAGACAGCGGCACCUACAGCUGCGUCCAGGUGCUGCGUUCAGGACCCCCGACGAAGCCCGUCCUCGUGUCUCUGUCCGUCGCUCAGGUGUCUCAGGUCUACAUGUCCAUCCGGCGGUCUCCAGACGACCAGCUGCUCGUCCUCUGUGAGUCCAGCGGCUGGACUCCGGCGCCCCUCGUGUCCCUGCAGGACUCCGGCGGUCGCGUCCUGGCGGCUCAGACCGAGUCUUCGGUCGGACCGGACGGCCUCUACGCCGUCAGCGCUCUUGUUAACGUGGCAGCAGCUGGAGGAAGUAGUCCUCUGGUCUGCAAAGUGGAGAUACCUGCGCUCGGUCUGGCCAAUCAGGAGCAGCUUCACAUCACAGACGACUUCCAUCAGGACGGACUCGCCGGUCGUCUGCUGCUGGUCGUCUACUUCGUGGUCGGCAGCGCCGCCACCACCGCCGCCGUGCUCGUCAUCCUUCCGCUGCAGACGAUCAAGAAGUUGCGAUCUGUGACGCAACGUCUGACAGCGUUCUGCAUGACGAUGAUCUCAAGGGACAAAGAGAAGGGACCAGAAGACUAUGGAGACAUCAACUACGUGGAAACGACCGGAUCCUCUCAAGUCAUACCCAGAAAAAACGAGGUGGACGCCACAGGACUUGAAGCGUCCCACGAGCUGGCAAAGGGAGACCUGGAGGAGAUGAACAAGUACAAACAGAUGAUCUUCAGCAUUGGGGAAAACCUUCGUGUCCCCCCCGCUCUGAUCGCUGCCAUCAUCUCCAGACAGUCUCGGGCUGGAGCCGCGCUGAGCUCCAGCGGCUACGGAGCGCACGAUGCCGACUCCUUCGGCCUCAUGCAGAUCAAUAAGCGCUACCACGCGGUGAAAGGAGGUCCAUUCAGUGAGGAGCACGUGGACCAAGGAGUCACCUUCCUGAUCCAGCUCAUCAAGACCAUGAAGAGGACCAAGCCUGGCUGGACCACCGGAGACCAGCUGAAAGGAGCUCUGGCUUGUUACAUCUCUGGCGAGGACCGAGUCCUCCCGCUGACCUCCGAUCAGCUGGACAGCGUGACGCCGCGCGGAGACUUCGCCAACGACGUGGUCGCCAGAGCGCACUGGUUCUCCACCCAGGGCUUCUGACCUCGCUCAACUUCCUCCUCCACUUCCUCCUUCUUCUUCUGGGGUUCUCAGGGGGACAUCACUUCCUCCUCCACGUCCUCCUCCACUUCCUCCUCCUUCUUCUUCUGGUGUUCUCAGGGGGACAUCACUUCCUCCUCCACUUCCUCCUUCUUCUUCUGGUGUUCUCAGGGGGACAUCACUUCCUCCUCCACUUCCUCCUUCUUCUUCUGGUGUUCUCAGGGGGACAUCACUUCCUCCUCCACUUCCUCCUUCUUCUUCUGGGGUUCUCAGGGGGACAUCACGUCCUCCUCCACUUCCUCCUUCUUCUUCUGGGGUUCUCAGGGGGACAUCACUUCCUCCUCCACGUCCUCCUCCACUUCCUCCUCCUUCUUCUUCUGGUGUUCUCAGGGGGACAUCACUUCCUCCUCCACUUCCUCCUUCUUCUUCUGGUGUUCUCAGGGGGACAUCACUUCCUCCUCCACUUCCUCCUUCUUCUUCUGGGGUUCUCAGGGGGACAUCACGUCCUCCUCCACUUCCUCCUUCUUCUUCUGGGGUUCUCAGGGGGACAUCACGUCCUCCUCCACUUCCUCCUUCUUCUUCUGGGGUUCUCAGGGGGAUCCUGUGGUCCAGACCCUCAGACUCUGGUCCUCCGUUACGAGGCAGUUUGUGGAGCUGCUUUUCAUUUUGCAGUGUUUAGAAAGUAUUAAAAGUGAUUUAAGGCGUUUUUAAUCAUAUUUAACACACAUAAUUGGUCAUUUUGUCUGUAAACUUCAGAAGACGUUGAAGAAUGUAGUUUCAGAUGUUUUGUUGUAAAUUAUAUUAUUGUAAUAUUCCCAGAGAUUUAAGAAGUAUAUUUAUAUAACAUAUUUUAUGGUUUGUUACAUUUCAAAGUGUUGAAUAAAACGUGUUUCUAUGUCGCUGAA